AUGGGAGUGAAACAGGCUAUAAAGAGCCUGGAUGCCUUCCCUCGUGCAGAAGAACACUUGCUGCAGAAAACGCGUUCUGGAGCUUUUGUUUCUGUUAUCGGUCUUGUGAUAAUGGCUACACUGUUUCUGCACGAGCUCACUUACUACUUCCACACGUAUACAGUUCAUCAGAUGUCUGUUGAUCUGACACGUGGACAAACUCUUCCAAUUCAUAUAAAUGUUACAUUUCCUUCUCUACCUUGUGAUGUCUUAAGUGUGGAUGCGAUUGACAUGUCUGGCAAGCAUGAGGUGGAUCUUGAUACAAACAUAUGGAAACUUCGACUGAACAGUCAUGGCCAGAUCAUCGGCACUGAAUAUUUGUCGGACCUUGUGGAAAAGGAGCAUACUCACGAUCAUGAUGACAAAGAACAUCAUCAUGAUCUUGAACAAAAACUUCACAGUCAUGGCUUUGAUGAAGAGGCUGAAAAUAUGAUCAAGAAGGUGAAGCAAGCUGUGACGAACGGAGAAGGAUGCCGGGUAUACGGUAUCUUAGAUGUCCAACGUGUUGCCGGGAACUUCCACAUUUCAGUUCAUGGGUUGAACAUUUUGGUUGCACAAAUGAUUUUUGAAGGAGCUAAGCAUGUCAAUGUGAGUCACAUCAUUCACGAUCUAUCGUUUGGGCCAAAAUAUCCUGGAAUUCACAACCCUCUUGAUGGGACAGAGAGGAUUCUGCAUGAGUCAAGUGGAAUAUUCAAAUACUAUAUCAAGAUCGUUCCGACGGAGUACAGAUACAUCUCUAAGGAAGUUUUACCAACUAAUCAAUUCUCAGUUACAGAAUACUUCUCUCCAAUGAAUGACUUGGAUAGAUCAUGGCCAGCUGUUUACUUUCUGUAUGAUUUAUCACCCAUCACUGUGACGAUCAAGGAAGAAAAUCGUAGUUUCCUCCAUUUCAUAACUCGCCUGUGUGCAGUUUUAGGCGGUACAUUUGCAGUAACAGGAAUGCUUGAUAGGUGGAUGUUUAGGAUCAUGGAAGCUGUGACAAAACCAAAUGCUAGAAGCGUGGUACGAUGA